AUGGAUAGAACGAAGUCAUCCCUUGUUCAGAUUCAGCCUCCAACAUAUGGAAACAUAAUCACCAUUCUCAGCAUCGAUGGAGGUGGCAUCAGAGGGAUCAUUCCUGCCACUAUCCUUGCCUAUCUAGAAUCUCAACUUCAGGAGCUGGAUGGAGAGGAUGCGAGACUUGCAGAUUACUUCGAUGUGAUGGCAGGAACGAGCACUGGUGGCCUCGUGACUGCAAUGUUAACUGCUCCGGAUAAAAAUAACCGUCCACUUUAUGCUGCCAAAGAUAUCAAGACUUUUUACCUAGAGCAUUCUCCUAAGAUUUUCCCACAAAAGAGGGGCAUAUGUGGAAAAAUUAGGAAUGUGUUAAAGUCAUUAACAGGACCAAAAUAUAAUGGGAAGUACCUUCACAGGCUUAUAAGGGAAAAACUAGGAGACACACUGUUGCAUGACACCUUGACCACGGUUGUUAUUCCAACUUUUGAUAUUAAGCAUUUGCAGCCAACCAUUUUCUCUUCCUAUGAGGCCAAAAACUACCCAUGUUUGGAUGCUCGAUUAUCCGAUAUCUGUAUAAGCACUUCUGCAGCUCCAACUUAUCUACCGGCUCAUCACUUCAAGAAUGAAGACAAACAAGGAAAAGUUCGUGAAUUCAAUCUCAUAGAUGGUGGAGUUGCUGCAAAUAACCCGGCUCUACUUGCCAUAAGCCAAGUAACCAACCAGGUGUUCGACGAAAAUGCAGAUUUCUUUCCCGUUAAGGCCAUGGACUAUGGCCGGUUUCUGGUGAUAUCAAUUGGCACUGGGUCAUCAAAGAUUGAGCAUAAGUACAAUGCUAAAAUGGCAGCCAAAUGGGGAAUUUUGGGUUGGUUACUCCACGGAGGCUCCACUCCAUUAGUGGAUGUGUUUACUCAAGCAAGUGCUGAUAUGGUUGAUUUCCACAUUUCCGUAGUUUUCCAAGCUCUCCAUUCUGAAGAUAACUAUCUUCGAAUUCAAGACGACACAUUAACUGGAACAGAUGCUUCGGUUGAUGUUGCAACGAAAGAGAAUUUGGAGAAACUUGUGAAAGUUGGCGAAGGGCUACUGAAGAAACCGGUUUCAACGGUGAAUCUUGGAACAGGUCUUAGUGUGCCAGUUGAAAAUGGUGGCACAAAUGGGGAGGCUCUGAAAAAGUUUGCAAAGUUACUUUCGGAUGAAAGAAGAGUCCGUGAGUUAAAAUCACCAAGCAUCAACACCGGCUCAAAGUAGCUGUACUUGUUUGAAGGAUAAAUAAACUGUAAUUUCUUUUAGGUCAGAAUGAUGUAAUUCUAUAUAAUCUUUAUUAAUUCUUUGCAUAUCCAUAUAUGUUAGGUAUGCUGUAUGUACUGACAUGAUGUAAGGAUUGAUGCUGAAAGUUUACGGUUAUAAUUAAAAAUACAUUUUCGGGUCCUCAGGCACUAAAUUUAUAAGCCAUUAAAUAUGGUAAAAAUGGUAGUUUAAUUAAAGGCAUAUGUUUCAUUUUGCAAGUCAAUUUCUGCCCUCUGCCCAAUAAACAAGGGCUACUCCAAACCGAACUCUCCACAAGAACAAUCAAAGUUGCCUUCUCCUUCAACCAAGGGUAGUUCAAUAUAAUUUGAGGCUUUAAGCGAAAAAUAUAAAAGUGACCUAACAAAAAAAAAAAAAAAAAAACGAAGAUAAAAGUUAAAAUAAGAAUAUGGAAAGUUUUACAAAAUCUGCCCAAAAAAAAUAAUAAAUAAAAAUAAAUAAAUAAAUAAAUUGUGAAUGAGCUGAGAAAGAAAGAGAAAAAAAAUAGUUAAAAUAAAGAUAGAAAUCUUUUGGCCCCUAUUAAAUCUCUAUUAGUUAGGGUAGAA